GCGUACCUCACAUGACCUGUCACGUGACAAUGUCAUGUGAUUUUCUGGAACCUUCCCGGGCAUACCUCACGUGACCUAUCAGUGACUUUCUGGAUCCCUCCGAGGCACAAGGAUCUUCGGGAACCUUCUGGAACCUUCCGGCGCAUACCUCACGUGACCUAUCACGUGACUUUCUGGACCCCUCCGGAGCACAAGGAUUGGGAAUAUCUUCAAUUGGCAAUAGAGUAGUUUGGCAAUAGUUUACCUGUACUUCACGUGACCUAAAAUCAAUGAUCUGAUUGGCCGAAACCCUGUGGAAAAUCGUAUAAAAGGCCAUGCAGAGGUCUAGGUAAUCACUCGCCAGCUCAAGACCUUGAAAAUGUCUCGUAUGCUGUCAACCCGCCGCUGCCGCAAGCCGAGGAAUUCCCCUGGAGUCCGUGCCUUGGUUUUCGACGAAGAGACAGUGAACGAUCCCCAAACGUCCACUUCCAGAGGAUAUCCUCGCUUGCUGAAUGCCAUAGACCCGCUCCUCUAUCUGUACUCAUCCACCGACGAAGUCGAUGAUGAGGGCUCAGAUGAGGAGUACACACCUCCUCUGAAGUUCUCAAGGACUAGUAAUCUCUCUGGUAAGUUUUCUAUCUUUUCUUUGACUUGUGAAAAUACCUGCCUUUUUGGACAUAUACUACUUUAAUUCUGCAUAUCAAAACUUUUUUUUACAUAGAACUCUUGUUUUCUUCGUAUUUUUACAGAAGUUGAAAUCUCCGGCCAGUUCAACGGCGACGACUCGGAUUGGGAGGAAUCCGAGUCCGACUACGGAGAAUCUGCCGUGGAGGACAACUCGGAUGUAGAUUACGACUAUGUCCCGCAGGUGGAUAGCUCCAUGGACUCGGACGAGCCCCUCGCGGAAUACGCCAGGCGAAAGUGGGAGCGCAACGCUCCCGGAACCCCUCCUUUACUUGGUCAAAGGAGGAGAACAUCGUCAGGCGUCACUGCUUCGAGGGGACAACGGGUGUGCACGCACACCUUGACGAAUCGUCCGACCCGAUGGAGAUAUUCACCAGCUUCUUCCCAGAGUUGUUUCAAACAAUUGUGGAGGAGACGAAUCGGUAAGCAACCUACAUGUUUUUUUUUGUGCUCUGCCUUGAAAUUUUCUACAUGUCCUUUUUUUGGAACACCCAUUUUACAAUGUCUUUUUUUCUUCCAACUGCAGGUACGCUCGACAGAACCCGCGAACCCCUUCAUCCCACAUGAAGGGGUGGGAGGACAACGGUGCGGGAGCUCCGCUCAUAUGUCGGCCUUAGGUUACUCAUGGUACUUCAUGGGAAGAGGAGGUGCCAGAGGGACCUUUGGUCGACGGACCCGUUGAUGUGCUCGUCGGUGUUCGCCAAGACCAUGUCCAGGGACCGCUUCGACAUCCUUACCUCCGCCCUCCAUUUCGCUAACAACGAAGGGGAGCACAGCGCGAAGGACCGGUUGUGGAAGCUGCGCCCUGUGAUUGACGUCUUGGAUUCGAUGUACCGUUCCGUCUUCGUCCCCAGAAAGAACGUGACCGUCGACGAGAGCUUGUGGGCCUUCAAGGGGAGGCAUCAGGCCCUUCAGUACAACCCUAGUAAGAGGGCUCGGCGGGGCUUGAAGGUCUACAAGCUGUGUUCGUCCGACGGUCCAGAGGCAGGGUAUACGGCGGCCUUCAAUAUUUACAUGGGGCAGGAUCGCGGCGAGUUUCCGGCGAGUAUGAAGGCCGUCGACGACCUGAUGGAGAAGGCAAAGCUGCUCGACAAGGGGUAUCAGUUGUACACAGACAACUGGUAUUCCUCCCCGACUCUCUUCCACUAUCUGCAGGCCCGGAAGACCACCGCCGUUAGCACAGUACGUGUCAACAGGAAGGGUAUGCCCUCGGACCUGCAGGCGAGUCGGGGACAAAUCGACUUCCGGAGAAGCAAAACCGGAAUGCUUUGCCUGCAGUGGUUAGACAAGCGUCCUGUGACAAUGCUAUCCACUGCCCACACAUCAAAGGUCGUUAUCCUGCCUCCCAACCGCCGAGGGGUGGAGAGGUCGAAGCCCGAGGUCGUUGUCAGUUACAACAACGGCAUGAAGGGCGUCGACCUCUCGGAUCAGCUGGCGCAGUCAUAUCCAGCAACCAAGAAGACCAUCAAGUGGUACAAAAAGGUAUUUUUUUACCUGCUGGAUAUGACCACCAUCAACGCGCUGGCUGUCCACCGGGCCCUCGGCGGAAAGAUGCCUCAAUGGAAGUUUCGUACGGAACUAGUUCGGGAAUUGCUGCAGCGAGGUGGCCGACCUGCCUCCUUCCGGCGGAACCCUCAUCAGAACCAACCUGAGGAGGAUCCCCAGCAGGCGCACAUGCCAGUCGACACCCCAUUCCGGAGGUGGCGGAGAUGUGCGCUCUGCUGGAGGAACCACCGGCGCCGGAAGGAGACCAGAGUCAUGUGUGCCCACUGCAGCGUUUCCCUAUGUCCCGCACCCUGCUUCCAGGCAUACCAUGCCUGAUUACAAAAAAUAAAAAUUCGCCUUUUACCACUGCUUUUCUGUGCUCUCGCCAAAACACACUAUUGACUUUACACACUCACAUUGGUCGAACACUCUUAAAAUGGAGUAUAUACUACAGUAUGAGACAAUA